AUGGACGGCUCCGUUGUCGGACGACGGCAAAAGUUCUACGCGGCGGCUCUUCUGCUCGUGGCCGCAGGCAACCUUGUGGGUCCCCGUGAGGCAGGCGGUGAGCAGCCGAACGGUUUCAUCUCGUGGGACGACAUGAGGCCACCCUGGGCUUUCUCUGGGAGCUCGGAAGGGGACAAGGGACUUCGGGUCAUCGUGGUGUCCGGUGAAGGCGGCGGCGACUCCAGGACGGUGCAAGGAGCGGUGGACUUGGUUUCCCCCGGCAACCAGGAGAGAGUCAAGAUCGUGAUACUCCCCGGCGUUUACAAGUGGGGAGAAAAACGCUUGAACGUCGUGCUUUUUGUGCUUGUCGUGACCUUCCACAGAUUCUGAACUCGUCGUGAACUGGUUUGUCGCAGAGAAAAGGUGGUGGUUCCGAUAACGAAGCCGUAUAUCUCCUUCAUAGGGAAUGAGAGCUCCGAGACCGUGAUCUCCUGGCACACACGAGCCUCAGAUAGAGACACUGGCGGUCAGGUCAUCGGAACCCUCGGCUCCGCCACCGUCGCCGUAGAAUCUGAUUACUUCUGCGCGAGGGGAAUCACUUUCGAGGUAAUCCCAUCGAUUUGCUGUUAGAAGUCAACGACGUCUCAAAAAUUUAUAUGAAACUUGCGCGACCGUGGCCUCUUCAUGCAAGGGGAAGCUAGCUACUCGUUAUACAGCUUCAAACCGGCGGGAGUCUAAAGCAGGUUCUGACUAUAAUCUGUGGGUGGCGUUCUAGAACACAGCGCCGGGCGCGUACCCAGGAGCCGAGGGCAUGCAAGCUGUCGCACUGAGAGUAUCGGGAGACAAGGCGAUGUUCUUUAGAUGCAGAGUUCUGGGCUCGCAGGACACCCUCUUCGAUCAAUGGGGAAGGCAUUAUUUCUUCGAUACUUACAUCCAAGGAUCCAUCGAUUUCAUCUUCGGGAGCGCAAAAUCGUUGUACCAGGUGAAUUCAGCCUCUUGAACAGCGCCAAAAUUAAACGUGAAAUCGAAAUAUAUGGAUUUAUUGUAUUUUCUGUCGAUUUGAUUUUGAAAAAGAAGUCUGAUUAUUUUGGCAUUAGAGCUCCAAAAGGCAAUAUAUGGUCAUUGAUGUUCAUAUAGAGAAAAAAAAUAGGAGAUGCGUUCGAAUAGUGUCACAAUUAAUAAAAUAAAAUAAAAUUGUGAUUAGAACGGGAUGAUCGAACUUCACAUUGCUGCAGAUUUCGUAAGUUAGCAUGCAUAAUUUACAAGCUUUUAAUUCCUCGUUGGGAGUCCUCAUCGAGUGUGAUCAGAGAAGGCUGGAGUCCUGUGUUGUAUGUUCGCCGAAUCCUAUGUUACUGCGCAGGCAUGCACACUCCACGGGGUCGCCACAAGCUAUGGCGCAAUCGCGGCCUCUCAGAGGAGCUCGCUCGAAGAGGACUCCGGGUUCUCCUUCCUCGACUGCAGGCUCACCGGCUCGGGGAUUCUCUACCUGGGUAGGGCAUGGGGAAUGUACGCCAGAGUGAUCUACUCCUACUGCCUCUUCGAAGGCAUCGUCAACCCCGAAGGCUGGAACGACUGGGGAGACCCGUCGAGGAGGAGGUACGCGCUGCGGCUCCCACGAACCAAUCAUUUUGAAAUAACGACGUCUUCGGGGGUUGGGGAGGAUUCAAUUCGACGAGGGUAUUAUCGAAGAUACUUUGGAUUUUGCAGGACGGCGUGGUUCGGAGAGUACAAGUGCCGAGGAGAAGGAGCUGAUAAGAGGGGGAGGGUGCCGUGGGCUAGAUCGCUUACCUACGACGAAGCGCGGCCGUUCCUAGACCGGAGCUUCAUCGACGGUAAUCAAUGGCUCAGACUGUAG